AUGGCGGACCCAGCGUUCCGGACGGUAUGGAUAGUUUUAAUUGUGUUAACUUGUGUAUGCAAUACAGUACAGAACACGAGACAAAAAAGACAGAUAUCACCACAUCAACCAAAGAUUAUUACAACAGACGGCCAUCUUGUAUUCGAAACCGGGAUCAAUCAUAACAUCACAUUCAAGUCAACAGCGGGCGGCUAUGUCAACGUGAAUGGCGAGAAUCUCGUUUCCAUGGUCCAAAUGGUCAAAACAAACAAACAGGCUAUUGAUGAACUCAAAGCUUUCCCAACAGAGAUUCCAUCGAACAUUGAAGGUCGUUUAGAAAGUGUGGAAGGACGUUUGAACAACCUGCAGCCGACAGGGGAGGUUCAAAACCAGUUGAUAAGUCUAGCUAACAGACUCGGCAUACUGGAGACUGCUAAUCUUGUGACUCGUUUGGCCACCAUUGAACAACAGAUGACUGGCCUGCAGAAUAUACCAUCAUCAGUGACAACUCUUACUUCCCAGGUGUCGUCACUCCAGCGAUCUGUGGAUGAUCUACAAACCCAAAUAACUGAAGCCAACGGAAACAUGGAUCUCGUGUCUGAUAUUGACACAAUGGUCAGAACAUUGCAGAGACAAGUUGCGAAUUUACGUUCGCUGCUUACACAGAAUGAAUGUAGUAGCAAUCCGUGUAGAAAUGGCGGCACCUGUAUUGACAGGUACAAUGCCUACUCCUGUCGAUGUCCGCCCGCUUGGACGGGAGAGACUUGCGAUGAAGAUGUGAAUGAAUGCUCUGAGUAUACCGGAACAGAUCGAGGUUGUCAGAAUGGAGCCACGUGUGUCAACAACAGGGGUAGUUUCACUUGCCAGUGUACCAGUAACUACCACGGUAUUCGGUGUACAGAAACUCACGAUGACUGUACCGGAGCUUCCAAUCAGGAACUGUGUGGCCACGGCACCUGUGUCAACACUGGCAGAGUGAUUCCUGGUCAGCCAAAGUAUCACUGUAUCUGUGAGGACGGCUGGACUACGUCCGGGUCUGAUCCUGCCUGUAAUACCGACGUUAACGAAUGUGACACUGACCGUCCAGCAGUUUGCUCGGCCGAUCCUCUAGUUCCUUGUAUCAAUGUUCCUGGCACCUUCUACUGUGGGCAGUGUCCGACUGGGUACAGUGGAAAUGGUUUCACCUGUGCCGAUAUCAAUGAAUGUGCCACCAACAAUGGCGGAUGUUCCUUGUCUCCACGGGUCGACUGUGUGAACACUCGCGGGUCACGGUCUUGUGGUCCCUGUCCGUCUGGCUAUGUAGGAAAUGGUGAGACAUGUAGCUGGGUUGGUGUCUGCAACACAAAUAACGGGGGAUGUCACCCUCAGGCUUCCUGUCAGGAAAGUCCAGGUGUGCUGACUUGUACCUGUCCACCGGGGUAUGUGGGUAAUGGAAUCGGGACUAAUGGCUGUGUUUCCCAGGGCCCCAUCACUGGACCUUGUGGCAGUAACCCGUGUCGGAAUGGUGCUGCGUGUCAGACCAACGGGAAUACAUUUUUGUGUGUUUGUAUCCCUGGUUACGAAGGAAACCAAUGCGAAACCAACACUAACGAAUGUGCCAGUAAUCCGUGUCAGAAUGGCGGUACUUGUACCGAUCAGGUCAACGGAUACUCUUGUCAAUGUGAUUCUGCUUACUCCGGUAAUAACUGCCAGGACGAACAAAACGCCUGUGGAGGACGUCUCUAUGGGGAGACGGGAACGAUCACCUACCCAGCAACACCGGGGGCAACCUACCCACAUGGCCUUAGCUGUGCUUACCGAAUCAUUUCCACUCCUGGCUUGAUUGUGAGCCUUACCUUCACGUCUUUCAACGUUGAGGCCCACGCCACAUGUGGCUACGACUUUUUACAGAUAAAUGAUGGCCCUACAGCUGCCUCCUACGCCCUAGGGAGGUACUGUGGGUCAAGUCUCCCUAACAGUGGCCAGCCAAUCAACACAACACAACACCAAAUGUACCUCUGGUUUUUCACCGAUGUGUCAGUUUCCAAUACAGGAUUUUCUGCCACCUGGACAUCAGCGCCUCCUGUUUGUGGCGGACGUCUGGCUGGCCAGACCCAUGGAUCCAUCAACAGUCCAGGUUAUCCCGGCACUUAUCCACAUGAUCGGACUUGCUCCUGGGAGAUCGCCGUCCCACUCGGAAACAACAUCAUGUUUACGUUUGCUACCCUGGCCCUGGAGUCCCACCCUAACUGUAGCUAUGACUACUUGGAGAUUCGAGAUGGUCCUUUGCCAACAUCCCAGCUACUUCAACGCUAUUGUAACACAACACAGCCCCCGCCACUUUCAACGACAGGACCGAAUGCAUUUGUCAAGUUUCACUCUGAUGCUUCAUUGACCGAUAAUGGAUUUCAUAUUACUUACGUGGCAAUUUCAGCUGGGGAUCAAUGUGGUGGACAGCUGACAGGAGAGACAGGAACUUUAACCUCCCCUAACUACCCAAGUUAUUACGACCACAAUGGUUACUGUGCCUGGACAAUCACGGUGUCCACGGAGGAUAGUAUCACCCUUACAUUCACAGACAUGGCUCUGGAGGGGGGAAGCUGUUCCUAUGACUAUGUCGAGGUACGAGACGGUAGUGAUGAGAACGCUCCGCUGUUUGGUCGUUACUGUGGAACCAGUAUCCCAUCCAUUCUUAGAUCAUCCGGAAAUGUCAUGUUUAUUGAGUUCCGAACUGAUGGAUCCGUACGAAAUACUGGCUUCCGUGCUGAUUGGACUACCGCUUGUGGUGGAGUAUAUACUGCUCUACAAGGAAACCUACAGUCCCCCAACUACCCAAACGCAUACCCAGCAAGCAAGGAAUGUAUCUACUCCAUCAACCAACCCAACGGAAAUAGUGUGACCUUGACCUUCACAGCUUUUGAUGUUGAAGGGUCGUCAGGAGGGUUAUGUGCAUUUGACUAUGUUGAGGUCAGAGAUGGGGGUUCAGAAACCUCUCCACUUCUGGGUCACUUCUGUGGGGCCGAAAUUCCGGAUCCUAUUUCCACAACACAAAACCUGAUGUGGGUAAAAUUUGUGACUGAUUCCUCCAUACAGAACCUGGGAUUUGCAGCGUCCUAUAUCUCUGCUAGAGUCCCUUGUGGCUCUUUUUUGACCGAUCCCAGUGGAACCUUCCAGAGCCCCGGCCACCCCAACAUCUACCCUCACGGUGCCAACUGUACCUGGCAAAUAUCUGUGUCUGCCGGCCUCGUCAUCCGACUGACUUUCCAAACCUUUAUACUGGAGGGCCAUGGCUCUAGCUGCUAUUUUGACUAUGUGGAUGUGUAUGACAACUCGUCUGCUGUACUAAGCAGUCGUUUAGGAAGAUACUGCGGUAACACUAUCCCCCCGAGUAUGACUUCCACCGGGAACGUAAUGACGGUCACGUUCACAGCCGAUAGCAGUAUUGCAUACGAGGGCUUCACAGCUUCAUACGUUUCACUCAAUGCAUCUACAGUUUGCGGCGGCACUUUGACGACCAGCACAGGAAUAAUCACAAGUCCCAACUUUCCCAGUAACUAUCCUCACAACAGGCAGUGCAUUUGGACCAUUAUCGCCCCCAAUAAUAUCCAGAUUCUUCUCAAUAUCACAGAUUUCCAGAUGGAGAGUCAUGCUAACUGUGUGUUCGACUUCCUAGAAAUCAGAAAUGGUGGUUUUGAAAACUCCCCCCUAGUUAACAGAUACUGUGGAAAUACAAUCGACACCAUCAUACAGUCACACAGCAAUCGGAUGUUUAUCAAAUUCCAAACGGACAGUUCAUUCUCUGCCAGGGGCUUCCGUAUCCUGUAUGAAGCAACAGCUACAGGCUGUGGAGGAGACUUUACCACGCCCACAGGCAGUUUUAUCUCGCCUAAUUACCCGAAUACUUACCCCCACAAUGCUGAGUGUUUUUGGACCAUCACUGCGUCCCGAGGGAGUCAGAUCGUCCUAAACAUCACAGAUAUUGAUAUGGAGGGGGGCAGCUCUUGUUAUUUCGACUACAUCUUGAUAAGAGAUGGUAGCUCCUCCGGAAGGCAGCUGGGUAAAUUCUGUGGAACAUCCACGCCUGAUGCUGUCCAUUCAAGUUCUAACUCGCUCUGGAUUAAAUACAGGACCGAUUACUCAGUUGCAGGGCGGGGCUUCCACAUCUCAUACCGCAGUGUGUGUAAUGUUCGACUGACCGAUUUUACUGGCGUGAUCGAGAGCCCUAACUUUCCCCAGCCGUACCCACACAACCGUAACUGUACAUGGAUUAUAGAGACAUCUAUGGGCAACACGAUCACUGCUGCCUUCUCUCACUUUGACGUGGAAACGCACCACUCCUGUUCGUGGGACUAUCUACAGAUUCGGGACGGAGAGCUAGCGUCAUCCACGUCCCUGGGAAAGUUCUGUGGUACAAACCUUCCCGCUCCGGUCAACAGCACUUCAAAUAAGAUGCGUGUUCAUUUCAUGUCAGAUUUCAGUGUGGCCAGCAAUGGAUUUCGUCUCGAGUACAUUUUUAAUGGAUGUGGAGGGUAUCUGAUGUCCCCAUCAGGUAACUUCACGAGUCCGAACUACCCCGGAAACUACCCGAACCAUCGUGUCUGUGAAUGGCUGAUCAACAUAGCCACUGGUAUGAGGAUAGAGCUGACUUUGAAUGACUUUGACUUCGAGACACAUUCCACCUGCGCAUACGAUGGACUUGAGAUAUACGGUGGAAUGGACAGUGCCUCCCCCCUCCUGAUGACACUGUGUCAUACCCAGACACAACCCCAGGUUUAUACAGCCACCGGAAAUCAGAUGUUCAUUCGUUUCCGGAGUGAUAUCUCCGUCCCUGGCAGAGGAUUCCAUGCCUCAUAUAGAUCCUUGCUUGGAGGUUGCGGAGGAAACUUUUCCACGCCAGCAGGGACACUCACCUCGGCCAACUUUCCGAACAACUACCCCCACAAUACUGAGUGUGUCUGGUUGAUUACUGUGGCACCAAGCACAAACAUCCUAAUCACCUUUAAUGAAUUUGAAUUGGAAGGAAGCAGCACCUGCCCUUUCGACUAUGUUAAGAUAUUUGAUGGUCCAUCGAUAAACAACACAAUGUUGAUGUCACAUUGUGGUUCUUCCCUGCCUUCACCUCCAUCAUAUCGCAGUAGUGGCAACCAGAUGCUUGUGCGUAUGAGGACAGAUUCAUCUGUGUCACGUAAAGGCUUCAAUGCAACCUAUGUUACAGGUUGUGGAGGAACGCUUUCAGCUGAACAAAAUGGAGAAAUCAUAUCUCCGAACUACCCUGAUAAUUAUGGUCCACAGAAUAACUGCUCCUGGCUAAUCCGAGCUGAUCAUUCAGUUGAUCGCGUCACUCUAACAUUUACACACAUGGAUACCGAGUUCUAUGCGUCCUGUAUACACGACUAUGUGUCUGUCUACAACGGUGAUGACGAUGAUGCCCCACUAAUAGGAACUUACUGCGGCAGCACGGUUCCUGCCCCAAUUACCUCCCUUGGCUCUGCUUUGUUUGUCAGGUUCGUCUCGGAUCCCUCGGUACAAAGAACAGGAUUUAGAGCGGUGUACACUAAAUCCUCGUCUUCGUGUGGAGGAGAGUUCACUGCAGAGAGAGGGUCAUUCAUGAGUCCCGGGUACCCAACCGCGUACCCUCCAAGUACGGAGUGUGUUUGGACAUUCAUCGUGUCUCCCGGCAAUCGCCUCAUGGUCUCCUUCAGUGUGUUUUCCUUGGAGGAUAAUCCGUCGUGUAACUUCGACUACGUGGAGCUGCGGGAGACUGAUGUAAAUGGAGAUCUCAUUGGUCGAUAUUGUAGUACGAAUCUCCCCAGUAAUCUUACUUCGUAUCAAGGACUGUGGAUGAAGUUCCGUUCCGAUGACAUACCCGGACCCAAUGCUAUCGGAUUUCUUGGACAGUAUAGUCCAGUGUAUGGAGGUGAACUUACUGGAAGUUCGGGACGAUUAGCUUCUCCACUGUACCCUCGCCAAUACCCUCAUAACGCUGACUACACCUGGACUAUCACCGUGGAUACCAACAUGCGUAUCCGUGUGGCCUUUACCGCGAUGGACAUGGAGUUCCGACAAACAGGCUGUGUCUUUGAUUAUCUGCUGUUCCGGGACGGAGGUUUAGCCGACAGUCCAGAGCUCGGUCGAUACUGUGGUUUGACGAUUCCUGAUCCAGUGUUGACCACUACUAACCAGCUCCGGGUGGAGUUUCACACAGACUUCUCUGCCUCAGGCCAGGGUUUCCUGUUCGACUGGCAGGCUACUAAUGAAGUGCCGCCUACUGCACUGCCCCCUGGUGUCUCUACCACUCCAGUGCCUGGUUGUGGAGGAACCCUUAAUCCUUCUGAGUAUCAGAUGAUGACAGUUAUCUCCCCUGGGUAUCCCAAUGGAUACGCUGACAAUCUCGAUUGUGUGUGGCAUGUAACUGUCCAGACGGGCUCCGUUGUAUGGUUUAACAUCACCGAUAUCAAUAUGGAGGGUGGAAGCUGUGGAUAUGAUUAUUUAGCAGUCUAUGAUGGUCCAGUAGUAAAUGGUAAUUAUGGCCCAACUCUGGGACGCUUCUGUGGAAGAUUUAGGAAUUCUCAGCCUAUCAAGUCAACCUUCUCACAGAUGACACUGCGAUUUAAAACCGAUUUCUCCGUUAACAGGACAGGCGUCUCUUUCAACAUACAAGCAGUUUGUGGUGGAAUAUUACGUAUGCAAUCGGGUAUAAUACAAAGUCCUCUCUAUCCCAGCUCCUACCCGAAUAACCUGAAUUGCACAUGGCAUGUGUAUGUUACAAAUGGCCGUACAAUUGGAGUUGAAUUUAUCGGGCCAUUCAAUGUGAUUGGAUCGGGAGAGGCAUGUGGAGGGGACAGCGUUCAGCUACUUGGUGGGCCGAGUAUAACUUCCCCUCCCAUCGGAAGCUCUCUCACUGGAAAAUACUGUGGAAAUGUAUUGCCUCCGGCAAUGAACACUUCCAGUAACUACCUCACUGUAAGAUUUGUCAGCGAUGCGACUGGGGCCAGCAAUGGGUUCAAGCUGCAGUUCACAGAGGUCAGCGUGACAUGUGGCGAUACUCUGUACUUGACCAAUGGAGUGACCAGUGGCUAUUUCACCUCCCCGAACUACCCCGAUGUCUACCCACACAACGUUGACUGCACCUGGGUCAUUACCGCCCCUGCGUCUCAGAGCAUACAACUCGACUUUGUUGACAACUUUUACAUAGAGGAUCAUAACCAGUGUCAGUUUGACUAUGUAGAGGUCCGUGACGGCGGCACCGUUAACUCGCCGGUCAUAGCGCAUGUUUGUGGAAGCUCCCUGCCUAGUACAGUGAAAUCAUCCGGCAAUGUCAUGUUUGUGCGAUUCCGUACCGAUAUCAGCGUUGUUCAUGUUGGAUUCCGGGCCAUGUACAAAAUAUCGGAAUGUGGGGGACGGGUCUAUGGAGUGAGUGGGACUAUCAUGUCGCCAAAUUUUCCGGACACUUACCCCAGUAACAGCGACUGUGUGUGGAACAUUGAGGCACCGACAGGGCACUAUCUGACAUUUACCUUUAAUAGCUUCAACUUAGUGUACGCCUAUGAUUGUACUUUGGAUGACGUAGACUUCCUGGAGAUCAGGGAAUUCAAUUCUACAGGACCAGUCCUGCUGCGGGCCUGUAGUUCCAGUCUCCCAAGCCCUAUCGAUACUUCAGACAGUUUUGCACUCGUUAGAUUCAAAUCCAACUCGGGUCAUAAUCAACCGGGAUUUUCUCUUAGCUUCCAAGCAAGCAUAGAAGUUUGCGGCGGCAUGAUGACGUCCCCGACUGGGACCUUCACUUCACCAAACUUCCCUGGCCAGUAUGCUCAUUCUAGGGUAUGCGUCUGGACGAUCAUGGUUCAACAAGGCCGCAGAGUUUCCUUAACCUUCGACAGUUUUAAUUUGGAAUAUGGCUCAAAUUGCCGUUUUGAUUUUGUUGCGAUAUAUGACGGUAUCCUGGCUGAUUCACCAAUCAGAACUCGGUUCUGUGGAGCGACAAUUCCAGAGCUCCAGGAGUCCAGUGGUAAUACCAUGAAGGUUGUGUUCCGCACAGAUGGUUCCGUGAGUAAUGGAGGAUUCCGAGCCUCCUAUACUUCAAACAAUGAACAAGUUUGUGGUGGACCUUUAAGCACUCCUGGGAUAAUUACCUCCCCUGGAUUUGAGGCCGGUUCUAACUAUACCAACAGUCAUCAGUGUGUUUGGUUAAUCGUCAACCAGAACUUCACCAACACGUCGAUGGCUUUAAGUUUUAACAGUUUCCAAAUUGAGUCGCAUAGCAACUGUAAUUUUGAUUUCCUGGAAAUCCGAGAAGGAUAUUCAGAGACAGGUUCAUUAAUUGGAAAGUAUUGUGGAACAACGGUGAUGCCAUCCCCCAUUUACACACCAUCUCCGCAACUGUGGGUCCGGUUUAGGACCGACUCUAGUAUCGUUGAUCGUGGUUUUAGUCUGAACUAUGGAUUCACAGAUUGUGGUGGUAUACUAACUCAGAACAAUGGGGUCAUCACCAGUCCUAACUUUCCUAGCCUGUAUAAUCACAGCGACUCCUGCGCUUGGCACAUACAGGCUCCAGAAGGCUUCCGCAUCAAUGUACAAUUUACCGACUUCAACAUUGAGACACAUCCCAACUGCGUUUUUGACUAUGUCGAAGUGUUGAACGGCCCAUAUUAUAGCUCCCCAUCUGUAGGCAAAUACUGUGGUACAACUUUGCCUCCUGCUUUCACGUCUCAGUCCAGGGCCAUCCGUGUGUACUUCAAGUCUGAUAUCUCCAUUAGCAGACAAGGAUUUCGUCUGACUUACUUCUUCCAGUCCGGAGGCUGUGGCGGGUUAUUCCACAGUAACGAUGGACAGAUUAUGAGUCCAAACUACCCACAGAGUUAUCCUCACAGAACAGAAUGUGUCUGGGACAUCAAUGUCUCCCCUGGCUACCAUGUGGCCUUGACCUUCACUCCACCAUUUGACCUUGAAAGCCAUGCCUCUUGUUCCUGGGAUUAUGUUGAGGUGAACGACGGCCUUUGGAACGGCUCUUUGGUACCAUUGGGUCGAUGGUGUAGUAAUCUAACUCCGCCACAACAAAACUCGACAACAAACCGACUAGUUGUAAAGUUUCGUUCGGAUAUAAACACCAAUGGCAAUGGGUUUUCCGCUAACUGGACAGUAGGUUGCGGCUCAAUUUUCACCUCGGAAAAUGGCAGAAUUGUCUCCCCUGGUUACCCAGAAGUGUAUGGCAAUCAUCAGUUGUGUAACUACACCAUCAUCUCGGACCCCCAGCGCUUCAUCGUUCUCAGGUUCAGUGUGUUUGAUCUAGAAGGUGGGAGUAGCUGUCCGUAUGAUUACCUGGAUGCAUUUGCCGGAAACAAUUCUUUAGGGCGACGCCUUGGCAGGUUCUGUGGCAAUGUAAUCCCACAGGCUAUUAGUUCUUUAGGUGUCAUGUUCUUGCAGUUCCGGACAGACUUGUCCAUCGUCGGACAUGGUUUCAGCUUGAAUUAUCGAACCUCAGAAUGUGGUGGAAACUUCACUAGUCCCUACGGAUUUAUUAGGACACCCCAACAACCGUCGAUAUACCAUCACAACGCAAACUGUUCCUGGCUUAUAACUGUGGCACCUGACCGGGUCGUCUAUUUCAAGUUUACAUCGUUUGAUUUGGAAGCCCACUCGUCAUGUAACUAUGACUACGUAGACCUUCGUGACGGUCCAGACUUGUCCUCCCCUCUGAUUGGUCGUUAUUGCGGUACUGUUGUCCCAGACAUGAUCCGUACCACAUCCAACAUUCUGCUGGUCAACUUUAUCAGCGACUACUCAGUGGCCGGAAGAGGCUUCACAGCAGGCUACAGGACAGGCUUUGGUGUGAACCAGGGAUGUGGAGGAACAUUAAAUGCAACAUCUGGAUCUUUUGGAAGCAUUGACAUCGAUGGCGAUGGUCAGUAUGAGAAUAGACAGGACUGCAUUUGGACAAUCAUUGUCGGGAGGAAUCAUUUGGUGGUUCUGACCAUAGCAUCCAUUGAUAUUGAAAUGCAAUCAACAUGUUACUUUGAUGGGAUCAAGAUAUAUGAUGGAAUGGGAGACACCGAUCCACAGAUCGGUACCUAUUGUGGAACAAACGCGCCUGGAGUUGUCCGCUCUACCUCAAACGCCCUCACCGUUCGUUUCUACACGGACGGGUCUGUAACAGGCAUUGGCUUCAAUGCUACUUAUAGACAGGAGCUCGCUUUUUGUGGUCAGACUCUGAUUUCUUCAGAUCACCCACAGACCGUAUCGUCCCCCACUGGGCCCCUCUUCCCCCCACAACAGCCUGUACAAUGUCGCUGGACUGUGGAUGCCCCCGUCUCCACUCAGCGUGUUCGCUUUACAAUGACGACCAUUAACUUGGACAGCCACGCAAACUGUACUGAUGAGUACGUGGAGUUUAGGGACUCGCCACUGGGCUACGGAGGCCGAUCAAUGCACUACUGUGGUACGACACCCCCAAGUAUGUUCGAGUCUGUCGGACAAACAGCUCAGAUCAACUACAAGGCCAUGGGAACGCGAGACGGACACGGCUUUUCUCUUACGUACCAAACGGCCACCUGUAACAGAACAUACAGCGGAUACAGCGGCCAAAUACACGGUCCCGGUUGGCCAGGGAACUACCCUAGCAACAUUUACUGUGAGAUUCUUAUCACUGGGCCUCCAAACACCUGGAUCACGCUCUACUUCAAUACCUUCAGUAUCGAGUCACAUAGGUCAUGUCGCUUUGACUACCUACAGAUAAGGAACGGGUCCACAGUCACAGACCCUGUGGCAGCCACCCUGUGUGGCUUUGCUAUACCAGACCCCAUAUUUGGCACAGGAAAUUCACUGUGGAUGGCAUUCCGAACUGAUGGGUCCAUAACUCAUCCCGGAUUUGACAUUACCUACACAGCGUCAACAGCAGGCAUGGGCUGUGGGGGAAACAUCACCGGAAUCAACGGUAGUCUGACCAGUCCAGGUUACCCUGGUAACUACACGGAACGGCACAGUUGUCGCUGGCUUAUCACCGUACCUGGCAGGCGCGUUGUCAGGGCAACCUUCACAGAUCUGAACCUUAUUGGCAGUCCAGACUGCAAUAGAGAUUCUGUCGCUGUGUACAACGGAAACUCUGAUCAGCAGCCAAUAUUUGGCCGAUAUUGUGGCAAUGAGACACCAGCGCCUCUAGUUGCCAGCGGAAACGUUAUGCUUGUGAAAUUCACCACGGAUGGUAUAGGCAGUGCACCAGGCUUCCGAUUAACAUUUACUAGUUAGGGAUUGUAGUAGUCCUCACCUCGGGUUCUCGUGUGGAUGAUAUAUGAGUGUUGAUGAUGUCAUAUCAUUUAGUGAUCAUGGCAUUGCCAUGAAGUGUUGAUGAUGUCACCAUAUAUUGUUGAUGAUGUCACCAUAGUGUUGAUGAUGUCACCGAACAGCAUUAAUGAUGUCACCGAACAGCAUUGAUGAUGUCACUAUAUAUUGUUGAUGACAUCGCCAUACAGUGUUGAUGAUGUCAUCAUAUAUUGUUGAUGAUGUCACUAUACAGCAUUAAUGAUGUCACCGAACAGCAUUGAUGAUGUCACUAUAUAUUGUUGAUGACAUCGCCAUACAGUGUUGAUGAUGUCACCAUACAUUGUUGAUGAUGUCACCAUACAGUGUUGAUGACAUCAUCAUCAGGUGUUGGUGAUGUCACCAUACAGCCUUGAUGAUGUCAUCAUACAGUAUUGAUGACAUCAUCAUCAGGUGUUGAUGCACUAAGUUCAUCAGGGUGGAGAAAGAGAUUCAACAGGUUGUAAACUCUCUAAUGAAAAUCUGUUAUAAUUUUAUAUAAAAGAGAAAGAAUUUAUGUUCUGAAAAGAAAUAUCAUUUUAUAUAUUGAAAGAAUUAAAUGCAAUUCUUUGAAAAAGAUAUAUUUUAGUAAUAACUCACAAUACUUGAGAUUCGUCUACAUUCCUUCCCACUUGUUCUGCCAAUAUACAGACAUACAUUCCAUAUUUACUCAUAAGGAUCUGAUUUAUUGUGUCAUCUGCAAAAAGCAGGGGACAUAUAUGUAUCACUAUGUCGGCGUGACGCCAUGAGGCGUUAUCUGCACAGAGAUUUCUAUGGGAUAGCUCAAGAUCCCUUGGGCCGAUCAAAAUCAAACUUCAUACAGGUCUUUCCUUACCAAAAGUGCUUGCUUGGGAUUGCUUUUCAGGUCCGAUGGUUGAAGGUCAAGGUCACCGUUACUAAAAAUAGAAAAUUUGUUUUCUUGUGAUAACUCGAGUUCUUUGGGUCCAUCAAACUCAAUUUUCAUGUAGUUUUUAAACAAACAUUAAUGUUCACAUUCCCCACAACGCCACCUUUUUUUUUAACUUCCUACUUCAGUGAAAUAGUGCUGUCAUCAUGACCUUACGCUUCAAAACUUUUACUUGUUCCUUAAUUACCACAUGUGCUUGCAUGGGAUUGUUGUUUUAACUGGUCCAAAGGUCAAGGUCAAUCUUACUAUCAGUAGAAAAUCUAUUUCCAUGCAAUAACUCUCAUAAUCACACAACUUUCUGCACAGGCGACACAUCCACUUCUGUGGAAUUCUUGUUAUUACCACACUAUUUUACUUCUUCUGGUUCAGAAUCCAGUGUUACUGGUAUGCAGAAGUUGGGAGUGUGUGACUCCCUCUAAACAUCCUGACAACUUCAUUCUGACCAGUAUCAUCCUUCAGCUAGCUCAAAGUUCCAAACUGAAAAGAGAAUUGUAAAAUAUUGGGGGACAACUUCACUCUACCUCACUUUAAGACAAAACCUUGUUGAGAUCCUGUAGUGAUCUUUAGACUUCCACACUUCUAAAAAGAACAAUAUAAUUAUUGUGUAGAUUUAAACCGUUACACACAGCCAUGGACAUCAGUGACAGAUUUAUAGAAAUCGAAAUCAGAUAAAUGUCUUUACUGACAGUCCACUCCUAUUUCUCAUGAUACGUAAGAAAAUGUAUUAAUAUAUUUAGAUUUUACCACAAUAAAUUAGUAAGAAUUAAGGUAAGCUCACGAAGACGGAACUGCAGAAUGUAUACACGUAUACACGUAUAAUCCUGCGUAAAAGACUGAAAGUGUGUAGAUCGAUACAGCCAUCUCUGUCCCCAUGAAUGCUGAUGUUUGAAAGACCAUAUACAUUUAUUUAUGCAUCAAAUAAGAUAAACUAGUUGAUUCAUAUGUAAAGCAAGUCGUCAUUUUUUCAAUGCCAAGUUAUCAAGCAUUGCAUUGAUUCAAAUCAUAGAAGAAAUGUUGAGUUCAUCUUGAAUAUAAUUGUUUCUUAACUGAAUUAAAUCUCCAUUCAUGGUGUGAUUGAUAAUUUAAAGAAAUAGUUUUGAAAUUAAAUCAUGAAAUAUUUGUAAAAUCUGAGUGUCUGUUUUCUGUAUUUCAAUAUAGCAAAGAAAUGGUGUACCAAUGGAUUUGUUAAAAUAACCCAAACCCAACCCCCCCCCCUCAAAAAAAAAUUGGUCACAGGAGAAAAAAAAUCUACUGGCUUAAUAUUUUUACGCUGUGGACUCUUGUGUUGGUUAGAAAAAGUUUAAGUUAUCCAAACACAGUUGACCCCAUUUAUACUGAGAAAAAAAAACAAUGUCAUUAAUUUGUACAAAAGUGACCCUUUUUUACUUGAUAAGUCGGGAGAUCUUUGAAAUGUCCUAAAUUAUUUGACCCCUGUGACCUUGAAAGUGGGUCAAAUUAAUUAAUUACUCAAAUUAAUCAAUUACAAAAAAAAAUCAUUCAGUGUUUGAUUGUCUUAGUGUGUGCUAAUGAGCAAAUAUCAUAUGACCAAGCAUUUGCAGAUAUUUUUUACACAUUUGACAUUGAAAGAAGGUCAAGGUUACUACUUGAAAAAACAGCAAUAGUAUUUAGCUCUUCACUUUAGCAUGCUACUGGUACAAAAUUAUCACUAUAAUCCUCAUAGUUCGUUAGCAGAUUGUUUAUGAAGGAAAAACAGUUGACAUCAGACAUCUGUUGCUCCUAGUAAAUUCAAACCUUAACCAGGCAAACUAAAAAGGUCAAAUACAUAUGGAUAUAUCUCAAGAGAAACUUCAAAAACAGUGAAUUGGCACAAAAUCUCCAUCACAGUGCUCAAUAUGAGUUUAAAUCGUCUACUACUAACCAUGGUUUGAAAAAUUGUCUUUAUUUGUAAAUUUUGUCUAUGUAAACUGCUAAUAAGUUACUCCCAUAUAUUGUAAUUAUAAAAUGUUUCAAAAUGAGGUAAGUCGAAAUCUGAAGAUUGGUUGAAAUUCCAGAUACCGCACUACUGGUAUACAACAUUGUAUUUUCGUUAUGGAAUGCAUGGAAUCAAAUUUGAUUUGACGGAAACAGAGACUUAUAGAUCUCUGACGGAAAGUUAAUUAAUUUGCACUCUUAAUGAUCAUAACAUAACCCAGACUUCUCCAGAAUGUCUCUUACUCACCAAACCAAUGCUCCCUCUAUCAUCACCAUCGCUUCAUUUGUGUUAUUGAAUAAAAAAAAACUUAAUCUCA